AUGGGGCCUAUUCUCACUCUUACCUCUCCCCCUCUGUGCUUCCGCCCUCACCUGUCUCCUGCCGUACCUCCUCUCCUACCCUUGCCUUCCCUGCUCUCCGCUCCUUUCGCUGCCCAUUCCUCCCCUUGCACCUCUCCUACUUGCCGUUGGACCUCCCCUCUUCUCCGCCCCUCUGCUUGGAUUCCGCUGUCCCAUCAACGUCGCCGCUCUUGUGCCGUUGUCACCUCUGGUAUUGGUUCUCUGGCCUCUGUCUUCAGUGUGA